UGUUGUGUUGUCUGCUUUCUUAUUUUUCUUUUCUUUCUCUUGUUCUCUUGUGAUGACGCGUAACAUGGCUAUGGUUUCCACCACCUUCUCAUCUGUUCGCUUCACUUAUUCAUAUUUAAUGGAACAUCAUCUGCUACUCCUCCAAGCCCCAAUGUUCUGCUCUUUGUUUAUUACCCUCUCCUUUGUCUCUCUUUUGGUUCUUUUCCUCUUCAUAUUCAGAAGAUUGAAGAGAACAAAAGAAGAAGUAGGAGAAGAAGAAGAAGGAGAAGUAGUAGAAGAAGCAACAACAACAGCAACAGCAACAGCAACAGAUGAGAAAUCGAUUCAAAACCCUCACUUCAUCUUCAGUCACUCUCCAUCGAGCACUACCGGUGAGGUCCAUCAGACUCAUCCGCUAAUUCUAGAGAUCCUCUCGUCUGAUCCCUCCAAAUUGGCGUCUUUCAUUACUUCUCUCCCUUCUCAUUCGUCCCUCGAUGAUAGCGGGAAACUCGGUGUUAGCCAGCUCUCUGAUGUAUUCAAGCUAGACAGCUCUGUCGUCGAGGAUUCGGUGAAAACUGGGGACCUGGGGGGGAAGAAGAAGAAGAAGAGGGCAAAGAAAAAGCGCCAGAAUUCCCCGGUCAAGGAUUGUGCCGAAGAUGGGUUUCUUCAUAGCCAAACAUCUCAUACACAGGACAAGAAUGAUUUGGAUGGUUUAUAUCCCUUCACUUCGUUGUCCAGUGUAACGCAGAAGAAGAUCAAACAACAGUAUGAUCGGCUUGUUAAGGCCCACGAUUCUCAAGCCUUAACACUGACUCAGGUUUGCCACUUUGCAAAUUGCUUGAUUGAAGCCAGGAAUGAGUUAAAGCACAAGUCUGAGAUCAAUCAACGGAAAUUUUCAAUAACAAAGGCUCUUCUAUUCAAGGCAGACAGGUCUUCGUUUGAUCGUCUUUGUCAGCAGGUUUACAAGCUAGAGGCAGAACAAAAGAGGUUAGAGGAGGAUGCAAUUGUCUAUAAUCGGCUCCAACAACAGCUAAAGCUCUCUCCAGCAUACAAGAAGAUGCUUGAAAUUGGUUCCCUCAUGGAGUUGGAGGCUGGUUCUGAUCAGCUGGUAGAAAGCACAGACACAGAAUUUGCAGACAUCUCAUUUGAGGAGUUGCUAGCACAAGAAAAGAAGGAUGCAUUUUGGCAAAAAAAUGGAAAGCUGAGGUCAUGCACUAGUUAAUGGCCAUGUGAUUCUUCCAGUUGAGCAGUAUGUACAUCUGACACUC